GUUCACCACGCAGACGCAGUCACUGCUCUAGGGAUAUCUCUCUCUUUCUCUCUCUGACUCUGUAACUCUGUCUCUCUCAACUCGCCGACUUUCCAUCCCAAAGCGCCACAACGCCAGGCUCCACGACUAGAACCAUGACUUUAUACCUGCCGGGUCUGCUCCUCGUGGCGUUGCUGUUCGUGAGCGGAGGGCACAGCCUCAAAUGCUACUCGUGCAGCACGAACGCCGACAACACGGCGUGCAACGCGGGCGGCCCCACCACGUGUUCCGAAUCGCAGGACACCUGCGCGACAAUUCUCCUCUACAAGGGCUCCUCCUACGUCGUCACCAAGGGGUGCGUGACCAAGGCCGAAUGCGACACCUCCAAAUUACUCGACGGCACCACCAACGGAGCCACGCUGCUCACCACGUGCUGCCAGAGUGACGGCUGCAACGUCAACGCCGCCCCUCGCCCGCUGGGCGCAGCUCACGUGACCCUGGCGCUGCUGGGCGUGGCCAUCAGCGUCGUGGUCAGCAGGGCUCUGGUGUAGGUCGUGACGUCACAGCCGCACCCCCCACCCCACGUGCCUGGGUUCGGUCCAAUCACUUGUGUACUUCCAUUCGGUUGUCUCACAACGCUUCCACCAGUGGAGCUGUGCAACGUUUAAAUCGUCUUGAUUGUUGCGUUAUGCUGCUAAAGAAGUUCCACGUACGUAUGGAUAUACAUAGAGACAAGUAGACUCAUCACACAGGCACCCAUAGACUCAUCACAUAGAUACCCAUAGACCCAUUACACAUAUACCCAAGUGGGGAAUGAUACACCAUAAUUUACCGAGAGCCAGACAGUUGAUCCUGUAUGGCAGAAGAUAAUGGAAAGGUCUUUAACCUGGACUGGAAACGGGUCAUGUAGGGUGUUCACAGAGUGUGCGGAUGAUUGAGGGGUGAAAGGAAGUCCUAUACUCAAGGUUGGGGUGGUGGGUGGGGUAGUAGAUUUAUGUGACCCUUUCCAAUGGCCUGUACAAGGUUCCGCUCGAUUUACAGAAUGGGAUGCGUUUCUCGAACAUCUAAAAAACAGACUAACGAGCAUAAAACUAAAUUUGUAAUUCGCAACGGCUUAACCCGUUUGGUUUAAUACUAAAAUUUCGGGGGAUGUAUCGGACAGUCAUUCCAACUUUAAAAAAAAUUGCAAUACAUCUUUGUCACUUUUGAGGAUGCAAAAAAGUAUAAUAACAUUAUUAAAGAACGUGAAUAUUACAACGAUUAAAUAAUAAUACAUUUGAAAGAACUAUUAAUAAAAACAUAUUGCUGCAUGUUGGAAUGACUGGAAAAGGCUGAUGUGGAGACGUUACCGUUGCACUGUAUAGGGAUACCAUAAUACUGUCGCAGAUCGGAAUCUUUAUUUAGACGGAGAGGGGGAGGAAAUCUGAUGACCUACGAAGCUCUUUGUCGCAGAUGUCUGAUGACGUAGCCUCUCCGGUGGCUUUCUCGCUAGAUGGGCGAGUGUUGUAGGAAAUUCUAUUACGUAGAAAUUCGAUUUAGUUGAUUGCGCCACCAUGGCUCGGGAGCUGUUAACUUCCCUUGCCUGGUCUACAGAAGGCCAUGAGUUUGAUCCCUACCCUGACGAUGCCUGCUGCUGUAUUUGGAAUGUGCGUGUCUCUCUCUCCGUGGUCAUCCGAUGUUUCAUGUUUCAUCUUCACACUUAGUAUCAACAUCACCGUGCGUUCAGGGUUUUUGCCUGCUGCUAGAAAUUUCCAGAUGAUGAUGAUGACGUCAUGCCAUUUGGUUAAGCUGCCAUCGUUUGUGAUGGCCCAGGUCGCUUCUGAAAGAGAGCUACACCAGCUCAGUCGUGGUGCAUUACACCUGGUUACAAUACAAAAUCAAUUUAGUUUUACUCGAAAGACAAAAAAGCGUCUGUCAUUUGUAAAUCGCGUUCACGCGAAACUUCGUAAACCGAAACGUUCGUGAAUCGAGGGAUAUCGCCUGUACCUGAUUACAAUGAAUAUACCUGUCGUUCUAUGAUCUCCCACUCAAAACACAGUUGUCAAACAAAAUGCAUGCAGUAUGUUGCUUGGAAGAUGGGCGACUUUUAAUUGUUUUUACUUUUUGAAAUUAAAUUCAUCUUGCUCGA